UUCCGCUCAGYACCGCCAUGGUGGGCAAGGCCAAGCGUCCCCGGCUGCACCGCGCCGCCCCCCGGCCCUGGCCCGCCCAGGACCCGCCGCGGCUCCCCGAGCCCGGGCCCGGCCUCGCCGCGGGCGGAUGGAGCGCGGCGGCCGGGAAGGACUGGGACUUCACAUCUUCUGGUGUAUUUUCUGGACUGAAGAUUGACCCUGAUACCCUAGUGAAGAAGCUUGACUUGGACUCCAGGAGUGUCAUUUCCUCCAGAACAGGUUUGGAAGAAAAAACAGUUCUUUCCAAAAAAGAGAAGAUGAAGCUGAGGAAGGAAAGAUGGCUGCAGAAAAUAGAAAGUGUGAAGAUGGCCAAGCAGAAGCAAAAAGCUGAAGCAAAGCGGAAAGCAACACCUGUGGUGGGAGACAUGCAGCCCUUGAUGGAAGCCCUGCCUGAGCUCUCAGACCUGACCACAGGUGGCAGGGGCAGGAAGCCUCUCAAAAGCCACUUAAAAGCAAAGGCAGAACCAGCAGACUUCUGUCUGAUGAAACAAGCUCAGAAACGUCAGCUCCUAGAGGAGGAAGUGGCUCGGUUCCAUGAGGUUAUCACCGAUCCCCAGUACAGAGCCAACCCCCUCCUGGCCAUCAGCAAGCACCUCUCCAAGAAGCUGAGGCAGGAGGAAGAAGGGGAACCCCUUUAGAGCUUYGGCUGGUCCCAGACGUGCACAGGCUGCGAAGGAGCACAUCCCUGGCACCACCUCUCAGCCACUUUGGUCCUUGGCAGCUCAGCAGAUGAUUAAAUCCAACAGCCCUGGUUUCUGUCUGCAGGAAUAAUGCAGCUCUCUCUCCUGACAGGGGCAGCUGCUCCUUUACAGGCAGUCUGCACGGAGCAGGGUGUUCUGUGAGAUCCUUGUGCAGGCAUUAAUCUCCCUGCAAAGUGUCUUGAUACAUUUGCUCUUCUAGUGAGCAGGCACAAUUUCUGAAAUUGGGCCAACGGCCGUGUGUCUGUUUUCUGUCGUUUCCCUCCGCUUCCUGACAACUCUGAGAAGAGAUUCCUACUUGCUCUGUUGGGAUGGUUCAGGACCCCAAGCCCUGGAGGCUUUUAGAGUUCUGUCAUGACCAAUGCUGUGGUUCAUAGACACUGUUUUCUGUGAGAAAUUUAUCUUUGGAAUAAACAUACUUUUGUA